AUGAAUGAGUCUACUAGGUUACCUACAAGCCACAUGGAGACCGAUCUGCCAAAUGAGCAGUAUGAUAAUGAGGAACAUGUUGCAAAGAAAAUCUGCAAACAAAAGUCCCCUUUAGACCCUAUUGUUAAUAAUGAGAUAGAGGCCUCAACUACUCUCCGAAAUACAAAUGAAAAAAGUGGCGAUACCAAUUCACCCUUACAAAAUGCAGAGAUGAUAUCAUUGAUAAACACAAUACUAAAACAAACUACUUUGAAACAGGACCUGAGUAAGGCACCUGGUGCAUUACCAAAAAUAGAAAAAAACCACACCUUGAUUGGAUCCGCACAACAAUCAAUACACCAAUCAGAACUAGACCCAACUCACAUAUUACAAGAAAUGCCCCGACACCAAGACUCUGUUCAGCAAUUAUGUGCAGCAUCCAACACCAUUGAAGAAAUGAAUCUAGAUUCGAACCAAGGGGAGGCCUCAAUAGACAUGAUAUCAGAGGAGGAGACAAUACAGGAAGCCACUGGAAGACUGCGUUAUCAAAUGCAAAAGAAACAGGUUUUGACAAAAAAUGUAUGGAAUCGAGACGAAAUACUAGCGGCCUUCUUAGACCCAAUCAAAUUUAAAUCGUUAAUACAAUACAAACUACAAACCAGACCAACACAAAUAAAUAUUUCACAAGCAAUUGGGCUGAAACUCAAACACAGAGAUCGAGCAUUCUUCCGCACAUUUACUAGAAGAUAUGACACUUGGCCACAACAUCAACAAGAAUUUAUGAAUCUUAUAGAAGAGGCAACACGCAAGUAUAAGCAGAUACACAAUGCCCAUAUAAUUAAUAAAGAGAACAGAGAUCAGCUUACCGAUAUGCUUAGGAAGAAAUUAGCCAUAGAUUUCUGGACAAAUGAAGAGUUCACCAGGCUUGAUUCUAUUGAAAUUGCUAGGUAUACUAUGUACCUGGUUGGCUUUGCUAGAAUAGAAACAAGAAUGGACUUUAAUACCAUUAAAGGAAUAGUUGAAGAAGUCAAAAUGGGAAGACUCAUCACAGUGCCAGACCAUCUACAAGAAAUUGAAGACCAAGUGAAGAACCUCUUACCAUUUGAUCUACCCCUGACAGAUCAUGACAGGACCCCACUUUCAGAACAUCCUGGAUGGCUUAAUGAAACAACUCGGAAAAUGUUUCCAAUCACUGUCCAAGCAGAUCUUAAAAAAGUAUGGGGAUACAAAAAGGAAUUGCGAAAGUUUUAUACCUUCAAGGCUCUUCCAAAGUCAUAUUUUGAAUUACUACCAAAAAAGAUGCCACUCCCCCCAACGCCGCAGGAACUUACUUCACGGCUUAAAGAAAUCUUCCCAUUUUAUCCACUAAAUGCAGAGCACUUUAAGGAGCACAUUGAAAAGUUGAGAGUGGUUUAUGCAUUUAAAACCCUUCCGAAUGUUUACAUCAUUAGCAAAAAACGUCUUCCAAAAGACCCAUGGAGUUUGCCAUUAGCCGACACCUUCUCCUUUCCUAUUGAUAAUGAGAAAUCUCUCGUCAACUUUCUGCAUGCAAUACCAAGAUACUACGCAAUACCCAAUCCACUCCCAAAGGAAUACAUCAACUUUACUAUACUGACAAACUGGAACUCCCAACAGAUCCAAACAGCAAAAGCCCUGCGAGAACAUUACUUUUUCCAAUCGCUUCCAGAGGACUGGAUUCAAAUUCCUAAGAGAAAUAUAGAAGAAAUAGGCAAUAGACUGCCAAAUACGGUUGAAGAACUCAAACAACAGAUAGAACAGAGAAAUCUGCAAACUAUACUAAGCUUCCCAAUAACAAAGCAGGAGGGGAUUCCGUCAGCCAUAGAAUUUCUAAAACAAAAUUUAGUGCUAGAAUCGAUCCCAGACUUUGCUUUUCAACUUACAUCUCUCCCAUUACCAAGUUGGGAACUCUUUGAGGAAGCCGAAAUUGAUGUCGACAUAUCUAUGCAAGAGAAUGAACCAACACAACCAACCAUCAACACACAAGGGACAGUUCCUGAAAAAGAAUCAGUCAAUGA